CAACCAAUUGAGCAAGGAGGGCCUUGUUUGGUCCAUGAGGGAUUUAUCUCCCAGAUAUAAAUUUCGCGGCUAGUACCAGCCACGAAUGUACGAAGUGUUGGUGAAUAAAAGUUUCCAAAUGGGUCUUCCCCCACAAAUACCAAGCAAGACCUGAACAAUCCAGUUUGAUAAUAUAAUUAACAGGUUCAAUUUUGUAUGAGCGAUUUGAAUGCAACGCCUUAGGUGCAGAAGAUGAAAGGAAUUGAAUAUCAUGCUCAAAUUUUAUUCCAAUUCAGGAGAUAUCGCUAUCAGAUUGGCUUACCCUCUACGCCAAUCGCUUACAGAUCUAGACCAUAUUCGGUUUCUGGAAUGAAGAAGUGAAUUCUAUUAUGUGCAGUUGUAUGAUGGGAACAGUUUUUGCUACUGCUAUGUUGCUGUCAUUCGAUUGGAAAAUCCCUCACGGAAAUUACACCGCAAUCAGGAAAUUGGAAAGAUGCUCCCACGCUUGUACCGAUACACAAUUAUACAAUGUCAACAAAAGGGACAAGGCCCAUUAAUGUGGGAAAUUCUCGCACUGCCUGCCUGCGAGCACGGCGAGUGCGUUUGUUAGUAUAUUUCUAAACGUCAAAGUUCUUUUCUGAAGCCUUUAAGUUCUUUGAUCUCCUUCAACAUUCCAGUCAAUUAAAGUCAUUGGCUUGCUUGAUAUUCCAAAAAGAUUCUCAUUGUGUUAUCCUCGUUGCUUUCACUCUCCGGUGCCUAUUCACAACUCCUUCACUGAACGACGAGGCAAAGCCGCUCCGAGCAGAGCGCUCGUGUUAUACUGCUGGGCUGGGCUUGUUUUGCCUACUUGCUUGCCAAUCUUAGCGUUGGCAAAGCUGCAGUGGCAAUACAUUUUGCCAAACUGUUGGUCAACUGCUGCGAAUUUAGAACCUUAUAUUUCAAACAAAACUACAACGAUCAUAGACAUGGAGGGAAAAGCCAUGUACGCCACAUCUGAGGAGCAGGAUGACGAAAUUUUCCAAGUCCAACCUAGACCAGAAAUGCGAAUCAGAUUCGGCGCUCAAGAUGAAGAGGCAGGCAGACAGAUGAGCGCACUUCCUAGAAUGGCUCGGACAAUCACAAAUAGCUCACAACUAUCGGCUACAAGUUCAAGACGUCGCAGAGUGUCUAUCGAUCCAGCAACUGCUUUGCCCAUUACUUACCGCACAGUCUCAUUUGCAAUUGAAGAGAGUAAGGAAAUACAAAGGGCUGAAGCAGAUCGUGCAAAGAAGGAUGCGGCAGCUGAGCUUGGUGAUUUAGAGUGGCAUACUCUGUCCACAGACGACGUAAUAGGCCGGCUAGAGACUUCAGUUACUGAAGGUCUCUCCAAGGAACAGGUCGAGGUCAAAACGAAAGAGUUUGGAAAGAAUAUGCCUUCGAAACCACCGUCGGACUUGUUCUCGAGGGGUAAGUCUGUUCCCAUAUGUCUUAGCGUUACACAAACGCAUUUCCUUUAGUCGUUUGAAUAGGCUCUAACACUCUCAAUUCUUAGUCUUUGGGUAUCUGUUUGGUGGAUUUGGAUCCGUCUUAUUGAUCGGUGGUAUUCUGGUCACUAUCACUUAUGAACCACUCGGAGAGCCGAAUCCAGCACAGGCCAAUCUAGCCCUUGCGAUUGUCCUCUAUGCUGUCUUCCUCAUCCAAGCCUUAUUCAACGCAUGGCAAGACUGGUCAUCGUCUCGUACAAUGGCGUCCAUCUCUGGCAUGCUUCCUGAUGACUGCUUCGUCCUCCGCGAUGGCAACCGCGUAGAGCUUGCCGCAAUCAGUCUAGUUCCCGGUGACAUUCUUUAUAUAAAGUCUGGUAAUAAGCUGCCAGCAGAUGUUCGUUUUAUUGAAAUCUCAUCUGAUGCUAAGUUUGAUCGCUCUAUCUUGACUGGAGAAUCACAACCUAUUCCCGGUUCAGUUGAGAAUACAGAUCUCAAUUAUUUGGAGACGCAUAACAUUGGUAUGCAGGGAACGCAUUGCAUCUCUGGAAGCGCAAUAGGAGUCACUGUCAGCACGGGAGAUAAGACAGUGUUUGGUAAGAUUGCUAAAUUAACCAAUACUCCGAAGACAGGUAUGACCACAUUGCAGAGGGAGAUCUUGAGGUUUAUCAUAAUCAUCUGUUCCAUUAUGGUGUUCUUCAACAUAGUUGUCAUCGUAUGUUGGGCCGCAUGGUUGCGACAUUCACAUCCCGACUGGAUCACCGUUGCUGGAUUAAUUGUUGGUGUGUAGUUUUUCUUUAUUUAGCUCAUCUCAUCUAUCACUUGAUUUUGGGGGGAGAAAGUUUGACUAACGGGUUUCUAGAUAUCGUGACGGUGGCAGUUGCAUUUAUCCCUGAGGGCUUACCUAUCGCACUAACCGCUUCAUUGACCAUUACUGCAAAUAUUAUGAAAAGGAACCAAGUUCUAUGCAAGUCAUUAAAGACAGUCGAGACCUUGGGAGCUGUAUCAGUCAUCUGCUCAGAUAAGACUGGGACAUUGACAAAGGUAACCCAAGUAGCACUCAUCUUUAGACAUUUCGAGGAUCUCUGGCUAACUAGUCGUCUUCUCAGAAUAAAAUGUUUGUAACGGAGUGCUCAAUUGCAGAAAAGACAAUGAAUCCGGAGAAAGCCGUCGAAUUUCAAAAGUCCAAUGGUAAUACUACCAAUUGUGUGGCCCAAUUGCGAUCCCUAGCAGGCCUAUGCAAUGCAGGCGAAUUCGAUGCUGCGACGCUCAAUUUACCUCUUGCAGAACGAAAGAUUGCCGGAGACGCGACAGAUCAGGCGGUUCUCCGACUGUCAGAAGCAUUCGGGGAGGUUCGCCAGUUACAUAUGUUAUGGAGAAAGACUUUCGAGCUAGCAUUCAACAGCAAGAACAAAUUCAUGAUAAGAACUCUGACGCUAUCCGACCCUGAAGGUCUGGAACUUGCAGUAUCACCUCAAGAGCAGGCAGAAUGGAAAAAAGAGGAUCUGCUGUUGACUAUUAAAGGUGCCCCAGACAUUCUUGUGGAACGUUGCACUAAAUAUGUUGGUGAGGAUGGUCAUGUGUACCCACUAAACGCGGAUAUGAGGAACUCUAUAGAAGUGAUCAAAAACAAAUGGUCAAGUCAGGGAAAGCGGGUGAUCUUACUUGCGAGGAAAGUGCUCACCGGCCAUCAAAGACAGCAUAACCCCGAAAACAACACUUUUGAGGCCGAGAUUAUGCGACAAGCUAGCAGCGAUUUGAUUCUAGUGGGGCUUGUCGGCAUUGUGGAUCCUCCCCGAGAUGAAAUACCAGAGGUAGUAAAAGUUCUAAGGAGAGCUGGCAUACGAAUCUUCAUGGUCACUGGCGAUUUUAAACUUACUGCUCAGGCUAUUGCUAUAGAAUGUGGUAUCAUCACUAGUCCUACUGACAUGAUUCAUGAUGUUUCUAAGCUCAACAGAAAUGGAUUGGAGACACCAAAAAGUGUUUCGAGCGGUGUCAUCUCUGAGAAAGAUGCAGACUCGAAGCAUGAAGACGCGAGGUCCAUAACUCUGAGUGGCCCGGAGUUGAUCAGUUUGAAUGAUAGUCAAUGGGAUCAACUCUGUCAGUAUGAAGAAAUUGUCUUCGCACGUACGACUCCUGAGCAGAAGCUACGAAUUGUCAAAGGUAUGCUCCUGAAAUCAACCCACACGUCAAUAUGCACAUGGCUGACAACAGUACAGAAUUUCAAAAACGCGAGAACAUAGUAGGGAUGACCGGCGAUGGAGUCAACGAUGCUCCAUCCCUAAAAGCCGCUGACAUUGGUAUUGCACUUGGGAGUGGCUCCGAUAUCGCAAUCGAAGCCGCUGAUAUGGUCCUGUUAGACUCUUUCGGCGCUGUCGUUGAAGCCGUCAAAUACGGUCGUGUAGUCUUUGACAACCUCAAGAAAACCCUCAUCUACCUUCUUCCCGCCGGAACAUUUUGCGAAUUCCUUCCCAUCAUUACGAAUGUGAUUCUCGGUCUUCCUCAAAUCCUCAGUUCUUUCCUCAUGAUUAUGAUCUGUUGUCUUACGGAUUGUGCUGGUGCGACGGUUCUUGCUUAUGAAAAACCGGAAGCUGAUGUGCUUUUGAGGAAGCCAAGAGAUGUCAAGAAAGAUAGGUUGGUUGAUUGGAAAUUACUCUUCCAUGCGUAUGUCUUUCUGGGUAUGCAAGAAGCUAUUGCGUCGUUCGCCAUGGCGUAUUGGUAUUGUCAACGGCGAGGAGUUACGUUUUCAAUCUUGUGGUUGGGAUAUGGAAAGUACCCGCCUCAUUUAAAUGAUGAGCAUGUCCAAAACGUGUUAGCUGUGGCUAGCAGUAUUUACUUUGUCAAUUUGGUUAUUAUGCAAUGGUUCAACUUGAUGGUAAGUCGCUCUUCUCCGCUCCGAUCUUCUCUUCUUUCUCCUCAGCCCUUUUAACUAAAUCUCUCCUUUCGAACUUUACUAACCCAAACCCAGGCAACCCGCACUCGCCGUCUCUCAAUCUUUCAACAACCUCCCGCCUUUAACAAAGCAACACAGAAUCUCUGGCUCUUCCCAGCCAUAAUUUUCGCCCUCGUCGUGAUUUUCAUCUUCCUCUACAUACCAGGAUUAACAUCUGCAAUCAACAGUAGCCCUAUUCCAGCGGAAUAUUUCUUCUUUCCAUUAUGUUUUGGUAUGUGGAUACUUUUCACAGAUGAGGUGAGGAAGUUCUAUGUGAGGAAGUGGCCGGAAGGAUGGUUGGCAAGGAUAGCUUGGUAGAGGGGUUGCAUGGUAGAUACUUUUUUAUUUGAGGAGAGAGGAAAAAGGGGAUGGGUUUGUAUUUAGUGUGGAUGGUGCGACAUGGUUGGUGGUAUGCGUUGAGAUUGUAGAAAUCGAACGGCUUUAUUUUAAAUUUAAUGGGUGGCAUUGUCGUCGUAGAGAUUAUGAACAUGAUGACACUAGAUUACACUUUAGACAGACGCUUUUAUGAACGAUAAAGCAUUGCGAUGCAUUUUCGUGUAAUAUAA